CACCAGCAGGGCAAGCCAAGUCCGCCGCUGGUUCACCUAACAACUUAGCCAUCUUGCACUUCCGUUGUUUUACUCCUGUACAGGAUAGUCCGCAUCGGGGUUCGAUGCUGCAGCAAAGGCUCCCAAUGACGUGGACGCGACAUGAGCGUCGCCUCACUGGUCAGCCUGCGCCACGAUGCGGACUGGUGGGCAGCGCAUACAACCACUACUGUGCCGCCUGAUCACCUUUCAUCCUUCGACGCCUUCUUCCAUCUUGUCGACUUCCGAACACCUUGCGCCAAUAUAACCAACGAAUCGAACGAAUCGGACGAACCGGACGAGACACGUAUCGCGCGUGCCAUGAGAUCGCGCCCGAUGCGUUGCUAUGGCUUUCUUACGCCUCUUGGAGCGUAAACCGGACGGAGCCAUCGUCUUCCGCGAAACGACCAGCAGCGAUGUUCCUGCGUACGCAAUACUCUCGCAUACUUGGGGAAAGGGGGAGGUCAACUUCCAAGAUAUGGAGGACAGCGUAGACAUGGGCAAGACUGUUAGCAAGGCUGGGUGGAACAAGAUACAGUUCUGUGCAAAGCAGGCCGCAGCUGAUGGACUGCAGUACUUCUGGAUAGACACUUGCUGCAUUGACAAGAAGAAUGCGGUCGAACUUGGCGCGGCGAUUAACUCUAUGUUUCGGUGGUAUCAGAACGCCGCGCGCUGCUAUGUCUAUCUGUCCGAUGUCUCCAAACCCGACGGAGUAAACGGCGAAGGGUCCUGGAAAGAGGCUCUCAGGACAAGUCGUUGGUUCACUCGAGGCUGGACGCUUCAAGAGCUCGUUGCACCAAGGCUGGUUGACUUCUUUAGCUCAGAGGGUGAACGACUUGGUAGUAAACUGUUCCUCGAGUCAGAGAUACAGAAUAUCACUGGUAUCGCAAAGAAUGCUCUUCGAGGUAGUGCACUGUCGAGUUUCAAUAUCAAAGAGCGCAGAUCCUGGGCAGAGUGCCGUAAUACUACGAUUGAAGAGGAUGAAGCUUACUGUUUGAUUGGCGUCUUCGAAGUCUCUAUGUUGCCCAAUUACGGAGAGGGAAAGGCCCAUGCAUUCCGACGCCUGGAGGAAGAGAUCCACAAGCUGUAUAAGGGUGUCGAUUUCGACCAAUAUGCCGUCGCGCUGAACCUCGCUUCGAUCCCUGAAGCUGCGCAAUUUGUGGCCAGAGAGGAGGAGCUGUCUCAAAUGCAUGAGCAGCUUUAUGGUCAUGGUCAUACUAGCCGAGCAGCGGUAGUUCUGCACGGACUCGGAGGGAUUGGAAAAACCCAGCUAGCGAUCAAAUACAUCAGAAAGCAUAAAGAGAAAUACACAGCAAUAUUCUGGCUAAAUGCAAACGAUGAAGACUCUCUCCGGCUUAGCUUUUGCGAUAUCGCUCGACAAAUUCUCACACGUCACCCUUUGACUGAGGUGCUCUGUAACGUCGACUUGGAAGGAGACCUCAACCGCGUGGUUAGUGCAGUCAAGGCCUGGCUCAAUCUCCAGGACAAUACACGUUGGCUGAUGGUUUAUGACAACUACGACAACCCCCGAACCGCUAGCUAUUCCGACCGCUCAACAGUGGAUGUGCGUCAUUAUCUACCAGAGAGCGACCAGGGCUCAGUGAUCAUCACGACGCGGUUAGCUAGUGUUACGCAGGGGCGGCGUAUUCAUGUUCAAAAGUUGACAGGUCUUGAGGACGGGCUCAAGAUCUUAUCGAACAUGUCUGGAAGAGGAGACAUCGAAGACGAUCUCGAUGCAAAAGCGCUUGUUAUGAAGCUAGACGGCCUACCACUUGCUCUCUCCACAGCUGGGGCUUACUUAGAGCACGUGACGAUUAGCUUCGCGGAAUAUCUUCGGUUAUACGAGGCAUCCUGGUUAAAGCUCCAGAGGACGAGCCCACAGUUAGAUUCGUACCAAGACCGCUCGCUAUACACAACAUGGCAGGUCACCUUUGAUCGAGUACAAAAACAGAAUGCGGCAUCAGCCCAAUUGCUUAAGCUGUGGGCAUAUCUUGAUAAGCAAGACGUGUGGUUUGGACUUCUUCGACACGCAUACUCUGCAGACGACGAGUGGAUACAGAAGCUUACCGAGGACGAAUUGAGCUUUACUGAGGCGGUUCGACUGCUAUGCGAAUACGGUCUGGUUCAUCCAGAGCCUUCACUUGGACAAUUGUCUGGGUCGGCGGGGUAUGGUGUGCAUAGCUGUGUACACUCAUGGACAAUAUCUGUAUUGAAUGAUGGGUGGGACGAUGAUCUCGCAAGGUUAGCUCUGGUUUGUGUGGCAUCUGAAGUUCCUAGCACGGAUAUAGAUCAGUGGUGGCUCCUUCAGCAGCGGCUCCUUCAACAUGCUGCACAACAUGAACAUUCCAUUACGAACGGCACAAUAGAUAUUGUGGGAAUGGAGUGGGCACUAUACAACCUAGGCUUGCUCUACGCCGACCAAGGCAAGCUAGCAGAGGCAGAAGCUAUUCGAGCGCUGCAAGGCUACGAGGAGGCGCUUGGCUCAACACUACUGCUGUCAUAUCUACCAGCGCUGCAUUCGAUGUUCGGCUUUGGUGACCUACUCGCUGCAAUAGGUCGGGAAGAUACGGCAAAGAUUAUGUACACUCGCGCGCUAGGAGGAUAUACAACUAUUCAAGGGCCUUCUUCCAAAUGGUGCAAGCAGCUAAGGGAUCGACUCGAAACGUUGCAAGCUACGUCCCUAGACCCGAAAGACCAAGAGAAGGCUGCAGAGGUUGAAGCGACAAAGUCAAGGUCCCUAAAGCGCAUAAUUCGCAAGUUUAAAAAGUUAGAUACAGGAUAG